CGCCCACCCUCUCGCUGUGAUACGGGGCCGCCCGCCCCGCCCCGCCCCGUCCGUGCGCUGUGACCGCAGUCGGUGACACUCGCGGUGACCGGUGACUCGCGGUUACACGCGGGGGGAUGGGGGUCCUCCGGUGACCCCCCCCCCCCCCGAGAUCCACUGUCUGUGACGGGACUCAACGUGGUCUGGGCUCAUCACGGCCGUGCUGUGCCGGGUGUCAUCAGACCAGAUUGGACAACUUUUGUACGCGAUAGUUUUUCGGCCGUCUGUGGCGGCCAGCAGUGCCAGUAUUGUUACAUCUUACGGAGGUGACCCCACAGUGUCAGCGAAAGUCGAUGACGUCAAUACAUGUACUAGGACGCAUCCACAAUCCAUCAUUGCCAAGUUGCGAAGCUAUUAGGUUUUUCCUUGUUAUCUUAUUGGCAAAGGUCUGUCACCGUGGUACAGCGAAUGGCGAUGAGUAGUGAGUGAGUUAACGAUAUUAGUACCGACUUGUUGCGGCUGUUCGUUACAUGUAGUGAAGGGAGUCGGAAGGUGGUGCGGCUGUUCGUUGUGGUCCGUGCUGAUUUCGCCCGCGGUGGGAGCGGCCCCGGUGGUGACCUGGUGACCUGGUGACCCACGGUCCGACCUCUGGCACGUGCCGGCCGAGCCGGAGCUGUGGCCCGGCCCCGUCCCGGCCCCGUCCCGCCGCCGGUCUGGCCAGUGUCGGACGGUGGCACUCAGGACGCGGCGGAACGGCCGGCAGGGCGGACGGACUGCGGCCGGCUGCCUCCGACUGCCGACACAGCCAGCGAGCUGCAGGAGCGGCGGCCAGCGACCCGACCCAGGUCGGCCAUACCCAGCCAAGCCCGGCGGAGCCGCGCCCCAGUGCCCGGCGGAGCCGCGCCCCAGUGCCCGGCGCUCGGACGUUCCGCGGUGACUGGCGGUCGGACCGCCAUGGUACGCCUCCCGCCGCUGCUGCUGCUGCUGCUGGCUCUGAGCGGCGCGCUGGCAGCGCCCGCCACCGACAGCCCCUUCCUGGACGGGCUGGACGAGUUUCUGUCGGCGUUCGCGGGUCUGGGGCUGGCCGGGGACCCGCUGGCCGAGCCCGCGCCGGCAGAGUCAGAGACGGGGACCGAGCCGCCGCCGGAGCAGCAGGUGGUGACCGAGGUGGCGCCCUGUCUCGGCUGUCUGGUGGAGCUGACCGCCGACAGCGCUGAACUGAGGGAGAUGGCGCAGCUGGCCGCUGAGCUGCUCGAGGAGGAGCUGAAUAUGACCCGGGUCACAGAGGUCACCCAGGUGUACCGGGCCGCCUACCAGGUCCAGCGCGGCUACCGGUACGAGCUCACCCUGGAGCUGGUGGCGACCAACUGCUCGCGGCCGCUGAAGGAGCCGCAGGAGGAGCCGGUGUGCGCGGCCGAGCCCGCCGCCGAGCCGCUGCUCUACGCCGUGGAGAUCUUCGAGCCACCCGAGCUGGAGCUGCCCUCCCAACUCGCCCACUACAGCCAGGUGGACCCGGGUCAGGUGCUGCACCUCCCGGGCCUCUGGGGUGCCACAGAGCCGACCCCAACUCCGACCCCGGCCACCGAGGGGCCGGCGGGCGGCGCCGACAUAGAGGCCGACCUGCUCGACAUGAUCAGCGAAAUGGAGCGUCUCGUACAGACCGGACCGGACGGUGGUCAGGAGGCGCCGGCGGCGGCACAGCCGGCCGUCGAGGCCGUCUGACAACUGACCCGAGCAGACGCUGGCGCCGCCAGACGGUCAGGGCCGGAACUAGCGCCAGGCUAUCCCGUCGACAGGCAGCGACGCGCACUGGGCUUCAGAAAAUGUCGGGUCUAUUCCGGUUAUUGAUAGAUGUGAACAUGCUGCGGCCUCUAGGUUUCAGUUUUCUACUCAGACCGUGUAUUGUGAUAUUUGCGAGCACUGUGCUUGAUUCAGGCUGGUAAAAUAAAUGUUUGGUAAGACAA